AUGGCGCAUCAGAGACCUGCCUUUACAGCCACUUCCCCUCCGCUUCUUCACCAUCCCGUCCCUCAGCAUCCAAUACCCCAGCAUACAAUGCGGUCACCUCCACCCCUCUCUCAAACAUCAUCAGGCUCUGCCUACGCUUCAUCCCCAUAUCAGCAGCAGACAGGCGUGCCAAUGCAUAACCAAGGUCACAGUAUUCAUCCUGCCUAUGGCGGAUUCCUGGCAGAGCCAGCCGCCCAAAUCGGCCUGCAAAUGGGUGCGUCUGCGAUGAGAAACAUCGAACAGAAUAUGAACCGAUAUGUUAAUUACACGGCCCUUAAACACUACUUCAAUGUUUCGAACUCCUAUGUGCUUAAUAAGCUCCGACUCGUCAUAUUCCCCUGGAGACAUCGACCAUGGACCCGGAUCCCUAAGGCUGUAGGGCCGAGCCAGGCGGAUGGGAUGUUUCUACCGCCACGAGACGAUCUGAACAGUCCGGAUAUGUAUAUUCCGGUCAUGGCGUUUGUGACGUAUAUCUUGCUGUAUACUAUGUUGGCAGGUAUUCGUGGUCACUUUCACCCCGAACUACUUGGCAAGCUCGCAUCCACGGCUUUCGCGAUCGUCCUGUUAGAAAUCUUAGGACUGAAAUUCGGUUGCUAUCUUUUGAAUAUCAAUAACGAAUCCCAACUACUAGACUUGGUAGCGUACAGUGGUUACAAGUUUGUUGGUAUAAUAGCCACAAUCUUGAUUCAAGAAUUGUCUUCGAAUGGAUGGCUACGAUUCCUGGGUUUCUUUUAUUUCUUUUCGUCAAAUGCCUUCUUUCUACUACGAAGUUUGAAAUAUGUCCUUCUUCCUGAAACCUCGACUGACAACCCGCGGGGUACCGUACAAGCGGUUGCGAGGGCGCAAAGGAACCGAAGAACACAGUUCCUAUUCAUCUAUUCUUAUGUCGUUCAGUUCGUUUUUAUGUGGAUACUAACCACCGGCUAA